AUGCAUCACCAUGCCCAGUCCUCCCCGGGCCCCAUCAACAUCACGAGGAUCCUCGUGGGAGGUGGGCAAUUCGACCAGUUCCUCCGCUUACUCAACCAGACCUGGGUCAUUAACCCGCUCAACACCCAGUUGAACAUCUCCCUCGCCGGCGUGACGUUAUUCGCCCCGACCAACAACGCCUUCCUGAACCUCCCGCCGGGGGCUCUGGACAACCUGAGCCCCCAACAGCGGGUGGAGCUGGUGCAGAACCACAUCUGCCCCAAGUACUACUCCCUGACCGAACCUCACCACCGCGAAGCACAAUCAGGUGAAUGUCCCCACCGGGGCUGUGGAGGCGCUCGUGUACAAGGACUUCCCCCUCGCGGUGUGCGGCUGGACAAGGUGCUCAUGCCAAGGUUCGACGUCGGCGCCGGGGAUGUCAAGGCUCCGGCGGAAAAUGGAAGGGAUGCAGGCGCUGCGGCUGGGAGGAUCGGAUUGGUGGCGGCGUUUUGGGUGAUGUGCAAGGGAUUGGUGUUGUGA